AUGCUCUCCACCGCUGCUGAGACCAGUACCCUGGAACCAUGUCAGGUUGAUGACCUUUCGUCUGGGCCAACGCAGGACGCUCACCGCAGCUUCAUCGACUUGUUUGAAGAUGGUGCACCCCGGCCAGCAACAUUGGCAGCAACACCUGCAGCACAGACAACCGCCAGCGUGCCGGGUGAUUCGAGGAGCCAAGGAGGGGGCAGGGAAAGUACAGCAACAGAUGCAGCAUCAAAGAGCUUUGAGGGUGCUGCUGCGAGCGUACGCCGAGGUCUGCUGGGCAGGAACACGCCGUUUCGAACGCCAUACGGGAUGAAGCCUCUCGUGUACUCCGACUGGACAGCCACCGGUCGAGCGGUUGCGUCCAUCGAGACGUAUCUAGCGGACCGGGUGGUGCCGCUGUUCGGGAACACCCACACGGCCACUUCGAUCACGGGAGCGCAGACCAGCUGCUUCCGGCACGAAGCCAGGCAGAUCAUCGCUCAAGCAGUCAACGCAAAGGUGACUGGGCGGGCAGCGGAAGACGUGGUUCUCUUCACCGGGACGGGAGCCACGGCUGCGGUGGCCAAGCUCGUGUCUGCGCUCGGACUCGCGGUCCCGCUCCCCCCUGGUUGGAACCCCGACGAUCGGCCAGUGAUAUUCGUGGGCCCCUUGGAGCACCACUCUAACCUGCUCCCCUGGAGGGAAAGCUGCGGGGAGGUGGUGACGGUUCGGGAGAACCCUUCUUCGGGAGGGGUCGAUCUCGCCCACUUGGAGGAACAGCUUCGGCGGUUCGCGAGCCGGAGACUGAAAAUAGGCGCGUUCUCCGCGGCCUCCAACGUUACCGGCCUCCUGGAAGAUGUGGACAAGGUGACGGCCACCCUGCACCGGGCGGGGGCGUUGGCACUCUGGGACUACGCCACCGCCGCCCCCUACGUGCACGUGGACAUGAACCCUUCCGCCUCUGGCCUCGAGGACGACCAGGCCUUGGUGGCUAAGGACGCCAUAUUUUUCUCCGGGCACAAGUUCGUGGGGGGGCCGGGCACCCCCGGGGUGCUCGUGGUGAAGAAACGCCUCCUCUGCAACGCCGUCCCGGGCACCGUCGGCGGCGGCACCGUGUUCUUCGUGACGGAGAAGGACCACCGCUACCUUAGCAAUAAGGAGGAACGGGAAGAGGGUGGGACCCCGGACAUCCUGGGCUCUAUUCGCCUGGGGCUUGCGGUUCAGAUGAAGGAGAGCAUGGGCAGGCGGGGGCUGCAGGGGCGGGAGGAAGCGCUGGCGGAGCUCGGCCUGAGUACCCUGCGGGCGCACAAGGGUAUCGUCGUCCUUGGGGACUCGGGCAAGAAACGCCUCCCCAUAUUCUCGUUCCUCGUCAGGACAGCUAGCAGCAGUGGCAGGUUCCUCCAUUACAACUUUGUGUGCGCGCUCCUGAACGACCUGUUCGGCGUCCAGUCGAGGGGGGGUUGCCAGUGCGCGGGUCCCUACAGCCAGCUGCUGCUGGGGCUGUCCCUCCCGGACACGCGGGCCGUGGAGGCGGAGCUGCUGCGCAAGCACGAGCUGCUGCGGCCGGGGUUCUCGAGGCUCAGCCUGUCGUUCGUCAACUCCGACAGAGAGGCAAAGUACAUUCUGGAUGCGGUGUUGUUCGUGGCCGACCAUGGGGCGUCUUUCCUGCCGUAUUACCGUGUCAACUACAAGACCGGGGAGUGGAAGCACAAGACGAGGUUCACCCGCUUCCCUGAGAGGAGAUGGCUGGGGAACUGCGACUACGGGUUCGCUCCCAGGAGAGGGACUGUCUCAAACGGCAGCGGUGUCGCCGCAACCCUUGCGGUGACGCCGAAGAGGCCGUCGGCGGCGGCGACUGAGGAGGAGGAGGAGCAGGAGGGAGAAGCUGCACGGGAGAGGGAGGCGGAGAUGGAGAUGGAGAUGGAAGGCGUGUUCGAGGACGCGGAACGGCACCUGAAAGAGGCGGAGGCCCGCGUCGGCGAAGAGAGGUGGCAAGGGUCGGACGACGUACUCGGGCCCGAAGGCGAAGCACUCCGCUGGUUUCUAUACCCCUGGGAAGGCGGCAACGGUGGCGUCCCCUUUUCCGACGGCGGCGCAACAACACUAGAGAGCAGAGGGUGCAUCGUCAAGCCCAAGGUGUACGGCAGCGUUGCCGCUGACGCGGCGGCGGGGGCGACGGUGUCUGGCGCUUCGCUCGAAGAAGAUGGGGGCCGUAGCGGCGAGGCCGUAGCAACGGCGGCAACUCCAGGGGCUGCCCGGGUAGGCCAAGAGAACGGACGUAAGGCAGCGGCACGGAGCGAUCCGGUUUUUGUCAAGGCGGCGGCCGCGGCAGAGAGAGGAACAGGGGUGGUUCCGCCUCCUCCGCACGAGGGUGGCACCAAUGGCAGCGGUGACGGCGACGGGGCGGCGGCGGCGGUUGGGGCCGUCGAGCCGGUCCCCCCGCGUCCUUCUCCUCCGGGAGUCGCCGGUGGCACCGGCAACGGCGGUGGCGAAAACGGUAGCGUGCCGCAAGGUGCCAACGGCGAAGGUAUCGAAAGCGGCGGCGGUAAGCUGAAGGGGUACGAGGGGCACAUGUCCGCGCUGGGGAAGCUGGGGGCGGGGUCGGCCGAGUCUAGGCUGUUUCCGACACCCGGGAAGAAAAUCAUGAGGGCCGUAGGACAAGCGGUGCAGGCGUGGAGAAUGAUCGAGGACGGGGACAGGCUCUGCCUCGGUCUCUCGGGGGGGAAGGACUCCAUGACCCUGCUGCACGUCCUGCUCCACCUCCAGAAGCGGGCCCCGAUCACGUUUGAGGUGGCGUGCGCUACGGUGGACCCACAGACUCCGUCCUUCGACCCAUCCCCCCUCAUCCCCUACCUCGAACGCCUCGGGGUGAAGCUGCACUACAUCAGCUCGCCCAUCAUCGAGCAGGCCAAGACGUCCAUGCAGGGAGACAGCCUGUGUGCCUUCUGCGCGAGGAUGAAACGCGGCCUGCUGUACGCUUGCUGCCGGGAGCAGGGCUACAACAAGCUCGUCCUCGCCCAACACCUCGACGACCUCGCAGAGAGCUUCAUCAUGUCCGCCCUGCACAACGGCCAGGUCCGCACGAUGAAGGCCAACUACAAGAUCGAGGCCGGCGACGUCCGGGUGAUACGGCCCCUGUGCUACGCUAGGGAGGCGCUGACGAAGGACUUCGCGAGGACCAACCGCCUUCCCCUGGUGAACGAGAACUGCCCGGCCUGCUUCGAGGAGCCCAAAGAGCGGCACCGUGUCAAGAAGAUGCUGGCGAAGGAAGAGUCGCUGUUUCCGAGCAUGUACGCGAACCUGAGGAAGGCGUUGGUGCCGCUCAUGGACGACGAGGUCUACGCGAGCAUGGACAAGACUUCCUCCGAGGUUGCAGCGAGGCAACUGGAGCGACGUAGCCGCCCGCCGACUCGAAGAAAAAAAGGCGACCAGGCCGGCGGUCGAAACCCCGGGGAUGCAGCAGAAUCGUCCCCUCUCACCGCCCCCACGACGGCGGUGGCGUCGACGGAAACGAGAAAAGCCGGGGAUGGGGCUACAGCAUCCCCUGAUAGAACCGCUGCCGCCGCUCUGGAGGACGACUCUGGGGUGCAGGGGACGGCUGGGACUGAUGAUAUCGGAGAGGGGCGGCGGGGGACUGCGGCGUGUUUGGCGGAGUUCAGCGAUGAGUCGCUGGAGCAGGAGUUGGCACGACGGCGCAGCGUUUUCGACGGGGGUGCCGUGGUUGGCGCUGAUGCCCGGGGUGCCUGUGAGCAGAAGAACGGGGGCGUUUGCAUGCCGUGCUUUGAAAUCGUGUAAAUGAAUGGCGGCGGGCGGCAAGGAGUUGUUGGGCAAAAAAUGGCUUUUUGUAAACACGGAGCUUGUCAGUGCGGUGGUAGAAAAGUAGUGGUGAUGGUGGUGAUGUUUCUGCGGUCGUUCCUUUUUCGUCUCUCCCCGAAAAUCUUGUCGGUGCGUGGAUGGGGGGCCUUCCUUUCUGCAUGCUCCUCGGAAUAACGAUCAUGUUGGCGUUGGCUUCCUUUGUGGCAUUGAUCUUGUCGCCACCAAGCAAACUGUCGAACCCGCGUUUCUUGAAAAGGAACGAGCAGAGUGAACUCGCAGGCCAUUCUGGGCGCGCACGGCGUGUGUAGGUUAGUCGAGGCAACCCCUCCUCGCGAGCUUCGUUGUUGGGGGCUUCACCCCCCGCGCCACAAACACACGGCCGGGAGCCAAAUGGUGGGGCUCCCGUGGUCAGGUGUGCAUCUCAACGGCGAGUUCUUGCACCAUCUGGCGCUUCGAAAUUGAGCGAGUGUUUUUCGGUCAAGUUCUUAUUUCGGACAGUUUUUUUGUAGUGCAAUGUGGCCGCGUUCGCACGUGGUAUGCAUGGCUCGUUCGGUAGUU